AUGAGAGAAAGAUCAAUGGGCGGUCAGAGAGUAAGAUGGCGGACUGCGAGUCGGAGGUGCAGCGCUUGUCAGCCGCGGACGAGGACGUAACGAGAAACGCGAGCGUGACGAUGAUCACCAACGGGCGCGUUCCUCAACACCCGGUAAACCAGACAAAUCCGAUCGAACAGGGGCCAAGAUGCGUCAUCAUUUACAAAACUGAGACUGGUUUUGGGUUCAAUGUACGCGGUCAGGUCAGCGAGGGUGGACAGCUCAGAAGCAUCAACGGAGAAUUGUACGCGCCGCUUCAGCAUGUCAGCGCUGUAUUACCUCGAGGCGCUGCUGAGAAAGCCGGUGUACGAAAAGGCGAUCGCAUAUUAGAAGUAAACAAUGUGAACGUCGAGGGAGCCACCCACAAGCAAGUGGUGGAUUUGAUCAAGUCAGGGGGUGAUGUCUUAACGCUGACUGUUAUCUCCGUUACGCCGCAGGAAGCGGAAAAGUUAGAACCUUUCGAAGAUUUAAGUUAUGCAUCGGUGGACUACAGCGAGAAGCGAUCUCUACCUAUCAGCGUGCCGGAUUAUCACGUCCGUGAGAGGAAGCACGAGCGUUAUGUGGUUUUCAACGUUCACAUGGCAGGCAGACAUUUGUGCUCUCGACGCUAUCGAGAAUUCGCUGCGCUGCAUAUGGCACUGAAGAAGGAAUUUAUCGGUUUUAACUUCCCUAAGCUACCAGGAAAAUGGCCAUUUCAAUUGAGCGAGCUUCAACUGGACGCGAGAAGGCGCGGAUUAGAACAGUAUUUGGAGAAGGUUUGCGCCGUGCGCGUAAUUGCCGAAAGCGAUAUCAUGCAAGAAUUCUUGGCCGAUAGACUCGAAGAGGAUGGAGAUCAAGGUCCAGCUGUCGAUUUAAAAGUACUAUUGCCGGAUCGCGAGGUUGUUACCAUAACUGUGGCUAAAGCUGCCUCCGUCAGUGACGUAUACGAUGCAGUUUGCAGUAGAGUGGGACUAGACGCGGAAACCGCGAGAUACUUUUAUCUUUUCGAGAUCGUGGAAUAUAAUUUCGAAAGAAAGCUGCAACCCCAUGAACAUCCUCAUACCUUGUACGUUCAAAAUUACUCGACCGCCAGUGUGACGUGUUUAGCGAUAAGAAGGUGGCUUUUCAAUGUAAAUAGACCACUCAGCGAGCAAGCAUUAACCUGGACCUUCUGGCAAACUGUGGACGAAGUUAACAGAGGACACAUUUCGGCCGGCGAGAGAUUGUAUCAGUUGAAAGCAUUGCAAGACGCGUCGAGGAAACACGAGUACCUAAAACUAGCGAAAGAAUUGAGCGGUUACGGCGAUAUCGUGUUCCCUCAUUGCGCGUGCGACUCACGAAAGGAAGGACACGUUGUUCCCGCUGUUGGAACACCGGCAUUUAAGCUACACGCAGCGAAGGAGGACGGCACUUUGGAAUCUCAAGUCGUUGAAUUUCACUGGAACACCAUUACUCGAUGGGAGGUAGACGAAGAAGGAAUGGCGUUCUGCUUUCAAUACACGCGCCAAGACAACCGUCCACCGCGUUGGCUAAAGCUUUUCACACCUUAUUACACGUUCCUGUCAGAUUGUUUUGACCGAAUAGCCGAAGAAGCAAAGUGGGACGAUCCAGGAGAAUGAGGUAACGUGCGGCGUUAAAAAACGUGCAUGGUGCAUAAUAGCAAAGGUAUCGUCUCAUCGGACACAUUUCACUUAUCUUUGUAGCAAGAACUUUUUGAUUAGGAUUACUUUUCUAAGACGAUUAAAAAAUUAACGGGACACCCUAAUCACACCAGACUCCUGUUUGAUUAGUUUCACGAUGCUAUGAACACAGCGCAUCUGUUACGUAUUAGUGUACGAUCUUUUAAUAGUAUUGCAAAUACGAAAAGUACUACUAGAAAAUUAACAUUUUCGUUUUGUUCUAAACAAAAGAGCAAACAUCAGCAUCAGAUGGGUGUAAACGUAUCGUUGUAUCUCUAGCUAAUAACACUUCUAUCGUAGAUUGCGCUACUUUAGUUAGAAAGGGAAGAAUACUAAGCGAUCGCAUUACUUUCUAUGUAAGAUAUUGUUGCUAUAGUAUCAUGCUAAAACACCAGAUGAAUAGAUGAACCUAUUCUUUGGCCUAUCGUUCAUCGUGUAUAACGUAUCUUUGGGUCUCGAUCGGGAGAAUCAUUGAAUUACGAGACGUUCCUUUCUACUAGCCUAAUAAGUAUCGCCAACUUUCGUUCGUUGAAUCCUUACGAGUAUAUGAACUUAACCAACAAGUAUUAUCUUUUAAGGGUUAGUUUUCUUUAUACUCUGUGCGCAUUUUUUCACUUUUUUUUUACAUUUCUUUCCAGCCCGUUUUCAUCUACGUAUACGGUUGUAUGUACUUGAUAACGAAGUAGAGAUUUUCCCAACAUCCAGUUCAUGUUAUCAUGUGUGUAAAGUAAGCGUAAUAGUGGUUCGAACGAUAGCACAGAUUACUUUUUCCCGAAGCUAUAUUUUUACUAUUAAAGAAGCAGAAGUAUAAAGUAAAAAUUGUUUUCGAUCCGAUCUCGUGUAAUCGCGCGCCGGUAGUGUACAAAUGGUGAAUAUACGUAUAGCAGAGAUUGUAAACGAGACGCGAUCCAACUUAAAAAUCGUAGCUGUGCUUAGACAUUGAAAUCAUCGUUAAAUUCGCAAACAAAUACACUUCAUUAUCCUUCAUUAUACGACGACAACAUUCGUAACGUGUGUAAACGUUUGUCUAAAGAUAAAACUUAAGGUAACGAUGAUUUAGCGAUGGAAGAAACAAGAAGCGUCAAGAUCCCACAAAUAUAAAUAAGACUUAAGAGAAACGUUAAGAGUUAAAGAAAGACAUGGGUAGAACGCCAUAGCAGGUGAGCAAAGAAAGAUAAUACUCAGUGACAUUGUUAAAGAAGAUACAGAUAAUAAGAACGAAACGAUUAUAUAUGAAUAAUUUUAGCGUCUUUAAAACCGGUAAAUACACUGAUGAACCUUUAAAGCAUCUUGGCCUGUUCGUCGUGUUAACCGAUGGAACAGCGAAUUGUUCGGAACCAAUCUAUCGCUGGGAACACCACAUUCGUCGUUACGGUCUCUCUAUUUUUUCCUUGUCGCCUUGUUCAAAUUGCUUUCCAUCGAUAGGCUUCGCGAUCUUCUGCACUUCCGUUCCGAACGAUUCGCUUGUUCAACAACGAGAGAAGCCUCGGCAGAUAAUAAUUAUAGAAAUAGAUGUAUAACUAUCGUUAAUGUUUUUAAACUUUAUUCGAAGUGAAUUUCGCGUGAUUUUUGAGGCAGCAGAAGCCGAAUGGUUUAUCCUAAGGAUAUCGAAGAGGGAGAUAACGUUAGUAGCAUUAAGAGUAUAAUCCUUGAAGUGCCGUAAGAAUAAUGAGAACCUUUUUGUUUAAACGAAACAAAUGUUCUGUUCGCAAAGAUUUCUAAUAAUUCAAGUUCGAUUGAUCGGAUUAAUCUAAGGUGAUUGAUUAUCGUUCAGUACUGUACGAUAUUUAAGCAGGGAAGUUUUGAUUAUUUUUAUGGGAAUUUCACGCAUUGAACACAGUACUAUCCGAUCAGAUAUAUAAAUAUGUAAGUCUGAAAUAUAAAUCUACUUACGUAUAUAUGUAUCUGUUCCGCUCAUAUAGAUCGAUCAAUCGGGGAAGUACACAAUGACGAUUUUUGAUUUUUAUCCUAUCAAUAAUUCUACUAUAUGGGAACCGUGCAAAAUGAUCUGCAAAUUAUUGUUGAAAAUCCACCCGUAAUUAUAUUUGAACGAAGACGAACGAAGGUGGACCUUCGGUUUCUCGAGGCUCGGAACUGAAAAUUGUAGUAUCACGAUGCUACGAAGUUCGCUUAUAAUUCAAGCAUCGAACAAUGGUUUGUAAGUUCGCCAAUACGAUUAUCUCUUGUUUUAAGUUAUGAGUUUUUGUUCAAUUUUUCCAACAAAAAUCUAUAAAUACUAGUAGCUUGGUCGUAUUAAGCGUUACCUGCGCGAACAUUUAUUGCUUUAAGUUUGUAAUUCGUGAAAGCGCAGUACACGAAGUACCGAACAAGUAUUAAAAUAUCAUUAAUAGACUCUAGCCGAAGGUCGCAUCGAUUGGCAAAAACGGCCGUAAGAUUUUCAUGUCUUUUUUGUGAUAUAUUAUUCUAUUAGUCGAUGAAGUAAUUAUAUAAUAAAUAAUUAAUUAUUCGAGUUUCAUCGGUAGCGUCGGAAUAAGCAAUUAUGUGUUUUGCGGCAACAAUAUUUCUGACGAAGUUAUGUCGUUACACGUUAAUCAUGUAGUCGACGAUAGAAAUAUUUUCGAGGGAAAUUAGAAAGAAUAUUAAGCAAAGAAAUAUACGUCCAAGUUACAUUGCUCGGAACUAGCUUUACAUUUUUAGAGCAUGCAUGUGAAAAUUGUUUACCAAAUUUGAUCUGUGUUUGUUAUCGCGUGCCUAUAUUUAUUUAUAUUAUAUGUAAUUGUAUUGUGCGAAAAUCAUCAAGUUUAUUAACUUAUUAGUUAUACUUAUUUAUCGUUGCCCAGUAGUAUUUUUGUAUCGAAGAAUAUAAAAGAUGUUAUUUCUUUUCUUUACUAAGGGGACAGUACGUCCAAAAAAGAAGGCGGUUAGUUAUUAAUUACUUCAUUAAAAAUCACGUUAAAAAGAAGUCUGUAAAAUUGGAUGACGAAUUAGGUAGUUUAAUUUAAUUAUUAUUACAGUAAGACCAUAUCAUUACAAUUAACUCUUUAGACAUUAAUUAAAGUACUAUGUAUAAUCGUAGCUCGUAAUAACAAAUGCUCCAAGCAAUUUAUCAUGUACUAUUAGUUUGCGACUUUUGCUGUGAAACUGGUAUUUCGGAUUAACGUUGAUAUUGUUGGAUUUGUUUUCGGAUCAUCUUGUUAAGAGUCGGGGAAAAAUAAAAUUACGAAAAAAGAAGAAAAAAUUAAAAAAAAAAUAAAAAAAUACAGAGAACAUUAUAACAUCCGUCUUUAUUGAUACUGAUAUUUUUUGCACAGCUCGAUAACACAGCUAAACUCAUGGAAUUAUUACUUCUCUAUAAUUUCGCAGAUUUCAGGUUACGCUGGAUAUACAAUGUCGCUUAUGUAAUAAAUUGUGCCGUGAUUUUGCGCGUCGUAUAACGAUGCCCGAGUUGAAAAACGAAUAGUUGCACAGAUUCGUUUUCAAAUAACGUUCUCAAGUUCCUCUCGCUUCGUUUCGAACAGCGCCGUGACAACGCUCGCGAGAUCGAUACGUUGCAAAUCUUUGCCGAAGUUACGAACUUUCUUCGAAACUAAUCGCUAAUCACUAUACAACAAGCUCUUUCCUCGAUGAUCGAAAUUUUCUUCUUCCACGAGCUUUCCCUUAAAAAGAUACCUACGAACGCGAUCUUCUUCUUCUCCUUCGAUACCAGAGGCCGCGUAAAAUUCGUCGCGAACAUUUAAAAAGAGAAAUUUUUAUUUCGCGAUUAUGGGCCGCCUUGGUGAUUGCGAACCGUCUUCUCGGGAAAUAUAAAUUUCCUACCGAAGGAUCGCGAACUGUACUAGUAUCCGAUCGGUAGCGGCGUAAACACGCUCGCUCACGCGCUCCGAUUUGGUCACUCACGGGAUUUAUCGAUAUCAGUUGUCCGUGGGCGGAAAGAGGGACAUAUCUUGUAUAUAUACAAGUAUGCGGUAUUCAAUUUUUAUGUAUUAGUGAACGCUUGCAAAUCGGUGAGCGUUUAUACGCGCGCAAACGCGUUACCGAUACAUUGAACGCGGUCUCGGAAGAUAUCGCUAAGUGGUUGCCGAUAUAAGGAACGGAAGAUCAGUCUAAAACCACCUGUCUUCGAAGGUGGAGGUUCUCUCAUCUAAUCGUCUCAACGUACGCGCUAUAAUUUAGGCUCGAAAGCUCGAUAAUCGUCUGCGAUCAACCGGUUCGAACGUUCGAUCCAGAAUAAUGGAGAGAUUAAAGAGGAAACGAAAGAGAGCCGACAAUCAAAAGGUGAGUGAACAUCCUUCUUGUCUUUUUCCAUUUACUUAUUUUUUUUUUUUUUUUUUUUUCGACAGCGUAGUGCAACGUAUUUCGAGCAACGUGAUCGAUAACAAUUUUAAUAGUUUUUCUAGUAGAACCGCGUCGUGCCUUUGAAACGAUAAGAAUCGUGAAAGUUGCGCGUAUGUUUUCUCAAAAUUGCAUUCUAUGUUUCUUUUCUCGCGAAUCCGGUACUUUCCGUUUUUUAUUGGAUUUUUCUUCGAUCGUGUAAAGGGACGAUCAACUUCAGAGAAUCUUAAGACUUAAAUCUUAAGCUCGGUGGUUGUUUUUGAAUAAUUUUCAUUCUAAUUAUUCUCCUCGUUCUUUUUCAGUUGUAUCUUGAAAUUAUACACAAUAUGUAUAACGAAUAUAUACAAGUACAGUAGUUUAUUGAAAAUUCAUUGUGCGAACAGACCAAAGUGUUAUGCAACUUUGACACUGCUCAACAAUUGACGCAUUGAUUUACACCAUUUCAAAGCUACGUUCGGUUUUGCCGACCCAUUUAAGAAUAACAUUUGCAAAGAUGAAACGAUAUAAAAGAAUCGUAUAAAGUAACAACCUUCUUACUGUAAGCGUUUUUAGCCGUUGACUUGCCAUGAUAAAUAGUAAUGAUAAAUAGUAAUGUUCUUUAAUUACAGAAUGCUUCUAUCGAGUAAUGAAAUCUAUUUAAAUUAUCACUUAUCGUAAAUCAUCUUUAUUUAAGAAUUCUAUCGCUUCCUGUUAAAUAGUCUUACUGACGUCAUGCAAGUUAUCUAGCAUUUCUAAUUAGCCCCUUUUCUUUAGAACUAUAACAUAUGUCCGAAUACGUGGAAGCAUGACAAAUUUAUUUAAAAGUAACGCGAAAAUAUAAAUAUUUCAAACGAUACUGCCACUCCAUAUUUAUUACGAUCUUAUUUUAUUUCAGUCUGCACGACAGUCUGAUUCACGGAUUUAUCGACUACUGUUUGAAUUUCUGUUACGUACUCAAAUUAACUUGCAAACCCUGUAUUUUCCGAAACACGUUAUCUAAUAUCGUUGUACAACACAUAGAACGAUUAUAAAGAAUUAUAGAUCGAUAGAAACUAAUUUGACAAACUAUUUGUCAAUUUGCUGCCAGUGAUAUUUGUCGACGAAGGACUCAACACAGCCUUUCUUAGUUGUCUCAACAAUUUUCCUUGGCCUUCAAAAUCAUCGCUUGCAUAACAGAGUUGCAUGAUCGAAUUAAACUUUGUCCGUAAAGUUCUUGUUACGUGAAAAAUCUGAUUUUGUUUUUUAUAGGAUGUCGAUACUUUGCAUGUUACGUAUCGGACUAAACACGACGUAUAGAAUAUGCACGAUAAGUAUUGGCAUAUCGUGUAAAUUAUAAUUAAUUUUUCUAAGAAAUGACCACGGGAAGGUACCAAAACUCAUGGUAAUCAGACUCGGAACGUUUCGAAGAAAGGAUAAAACUUUGUGUUGCUACUGUUGUUGUAUCGAGUUAUAACUCGAUCUUUCGUUCGAGGUCGAAAGUUAUCUUACUGUUUCUGCAGUUGUUAACCUAAUUUCAUAGAAAACUCGCAUCUCUGCGUGCAAACGAAUCAACCGUGCGAAUGAGAUCAUCGUCGUUAAUUUUUGCUCCUUGUUUUCCUAUAUUCACGAAAUCCUCGAGAUUUGAAUCGUAAACGAAACGCAAAACAAUGACGGUCACUCGGAGCAACGUCGUCCCAAACGUCGCCACUCUUUUCGUGCAAAUUUACAACGCUUUUGUAAUGGUGAUUCUGUCUGUUGAAUUAAAAUGUAUUUAUUUCAAAAGAAGAAAACGGUAGUCGUUAAAUCAUGCAAUUAACAGUCAAUUACGUUAUUCUAAUAUGACAUCAGGGAAACACGAAUUGUCUCGUAGAACGAGAAAAGAGCUUGAUACAUGUAUCGUGGAUCACGAGGAAUCUGACUCAUGCAUUCAACGUAUGUAGCUUUACGCUUUAUCUUCAACAAGUAAUACUUCCUUUUAUUCUUAUCAAAUGUUAGUGUAUCAAUAGCGAAGUAACAAACGAACAUCUAAGAAAAUUGUUCGUUCGCUAAUUGCGGCGAUUUAAACCGUACAUGUAAUCUUUGCACGGCUUUUUUGUAAUUGUUUUAUUGUCUAGUUUGUUUAAAACUCUGUCCGUUGCUCCGCCGAACGUAAACAAGAUAUGGUCCCCUUGAUAAUACCGACUACACCGCUCGAUGUACACUUCGCAAAUAUAUUUACAGUGUAGCGAAUAAAUGCAACACGCCAAUCUCUCUGCUUUUAUACUACUUAAUUACCUAAUAUUUGCCCCUUUCAAAUAUCCUAUUUAAUCGGAUCUUAAUUCAACUUUCCAUCUUGCGUCCGAUUCGUUCUUAUCCUUGAACAAAUCUGCCUACGAUUUUGCCAAGAUAGAGCAACUUUUAUCUUUCGGAAGCUACAAUUAAGCCUCUCAAAAAAAAAAAAAAAAAAAAAAAAGAAA